UGGAUUUCUCUCUUUCUUGAUCUCAAAUAUGGUAUUAUUAACAGUUUGCUGCUCUUAUAUUAUGAGGGAGUACUUUCUCAUGGCUGUGCGAUGGAGAACUUGAGUUUGGUUCCUACUGCACUCAAAGAACUAUCAUCAAUGCUAAGCUCGGUGGAUUACUUUGUCAGAGGACUAGUUUGGAUUUCUUAUACAAUUUCACUUCUAGUUCAAAGGUCUAUAUGGAUCAAAGUUUUGAAUUCUGUUUGGUGGGGGUGCUCCUUUGCAUUGGUAUCCGCUCUAAACACUGAAAUAUUGGUAAGAACCCACAACAUUGACAUUCUUGAUGUACUGACAUGGCCAGUCAACUUUUUACUUCUCAUAUGUGCUGUUAGAAACCUCGGUCAUUGUUUUUACCAACAUACACGAGAUCCUAACAUCCUAUCUGAGCCUCUAUUAGCCAAAAGGUUUGCUGGAGAGAACCAGCAAUCAGAACUAGACCGAGCUAGUUUCCUAAGCAAAUUGACAUUUUCUUGGAUCAACCCUUUACUCAACUUAGGUUCCUCGAAAACGUUAGCUCUUGAAGACAUCCCAUCACUGGUUAACGAAGAUAAAGCAAAUUUAGCAUACCAGAAGUUUGCUCGAGCAUGGGAUUCACUAUCUGGGGAGAAGAACUGCAGCAAUACCAGGAACCUGGUUCUGAGAGCAAUAGCAAACGUUUACAUGAAAGAAAAUUUAUUUAUAGCCUUUUGUGCAAUCGUCCGAACAAUUUCAGUUGUAGUUUCUCCUCUUAUAGUGUAUGCUUUUAUAAAUUAUUCAAAUGUCGAGGAGGAAACUGUCUCCAAAGGCCUCAUCAUAGUGGGGUGUCUAAUUCUUUCCAAGGUGGUUGAAUCUUUGAGCCAGAGAUAUUGGUUCUUUGAGUCUAGGAGGUCUGGAAUGAGAAUGAGGUCGGCUUUGAUGGUGGCAGUUUAUCGAAAGCAGCUAAAGCUUUCUACUGUGGGAAGGAGAAGGCACUCAGCUGGAGAGAUUGUGAAUUACAUAGCAGUUGAUGCCUAUCGAAUGGGUGAGUUCCCGUGGUGGUUUCAUUCAACAUGGAGCCUUGGAUUGCAACUAUUCCUUGCCAUUGGUGUUCUUUUCUGGGUGGUUGGUCUUGGUGCUCUUCCCGGAUUAGUACCUCUCAUUGCCUGUGGCCUCCUAAAUGUGCCAUUUGCAAAAGUUCUUCAGAAGUGUCAGUCCCAGUUCAUGAUAGCUCAGGACGAGAGGCUUAGAGCCACUUCUGAGAUCCUAAACAGUAUGAAAAUCAUCAAGUUACAAUCAUGGGAGGAGAAAUUCAAGAACUUGGUUGAUUCACUUCGUGAAAGAGAGUUCAAAUGGUUGGCUGAGACGCAAUUUAAAAAGGCUUAUGGACCUCUAGUGUAUUGGAUGUCACCAACCAUAAUCACUUCAGUAAUCUUUGUAGGAUGUAUCCUUUUCCAAAGUGUCCCUCUAAAUGCAAGUACCAUAUUUACAGUUCUUGCUUCAUUAAGGAGCAUGGGAGAACCUGUCAGAAUGAUACCAGAGGCGCUUUCAGUACUGAUUCAAGUCAAGGUCUCUUUUGACCGGCUAAAUACAUUUUUACUUGAUGAUGAGGUAAAUGAUAAUGAAAUAAAGAAAUUACCAUCACAAGAUUCUGAAGAGAGCUUGAAAAUAGAUAAAGGCAUGUUCAGUUGGUAUCCUGAAUCAUCAAUUCCAACUCUGAGAGAUUUAAAUUUGGAAAUCCAUAGGAACCAGAAAAUUGCAGUUUGUGGACCAGUUGGUGCUGGAAAGUCAUCACUUUUAUACGCUAUACUGGGAGAGAUGCCGAAAGUUUCAGGAACUGUUGAUGUAUUUGGGACCAUAGCCUAUGUUUCUCAGAAUUCUUGGAUACAAAGUGGGACAGUUCGUGAUAACAUUCUCUACGGGAAAACAAUGGAGAAGAAUAAGUAUGAAAAGACCAUAGAAGCUUGUGCUUUGGAUAAGGACCUUAGUAGUUUUGACCAUGGUGAUCUUACUGAAAUAGGCGAGAGAGGACUUAACUUGAGUGGAGGACAGAAGCAGAGGAUUCAGCUGGCGCGAGCUGUUUAUAGUGAUGCUGAUAUCUAUCUCCUUGAUGACCCCUUUAGUGCCGUGGAUGCACAUACAGCUGCAAUUCUAUUUCAUGCUUAUGUAAUGGCUGCUCUGGCACAGAAAACUGUAAUUCUAGUGACUCAUCAAGUUGAAUUUCUCUCAAAAGUCGAUAAGAUUUUGGUAAUGGAACAUGGACAAAUUACUGAAUCAGGAACCUUUGAGAAUCUCUUGACCGCAGGAACAGCGUUUGAGCAACUUGUUAAUGCUCACCGAGAUGCAGUGACAUCAGGUACUUCAAAUUAUCAAAGUCAGGGAGCAUUCAAGAAGGAAGAAAUGGUUGUUCCGGAGGAGUCUUUUCGGAUUAACCUCACUGAAGAUAGCAGUGAAGGGGAUAUUUCUGUGAAGGGCGUACCUGGGGUGCAACUAAUAGAAGAAGAAGAGAAAGAGACCGGUGAUGUUGGAUGGAAGCCCUUUUGGGAUUAUAUUUUUGUUUCUAAGGGAAUAAUUUUUCUAUGCUUGGCCAUAAUAGCACAGUCUUGUUUCUUUGGCCUUCAAGCGGCUUCAACUUAUUGGCUUGCUAUAGCUAUUGAAAUUCCAAAUAUAAAAAGUGGAAUGCUCAUUGGUGUUUAUACUGCAGUUUCAACGUUUAGUGCUAUCUUUGUUCAUCUAAGGUCAUACCUUGCAGCCCUUGUUGGAUUGAAAGCUUCUAAAGCAUUUUUCUCUGGUUUCACUGAUGCUAUCUUUAAGGCCCCCAUGCUUUUCUUUGACUCAACUCCUGUUGGGCGAAUUUUAACACGAGCUUCAUCAGAUUUAAGUAUUUUGGAUUUUGACAUACCCUUCUCCAUUUUCUUUAUUGUUGCUGGUGGCAUUGAAAUGCUGACAACAAUUGGAAUUAUGGCUUCUGUCACAUGGCAAGUUCUUAUUGUAGCCAUUCUCGCCAUGGUUGCUGCCAAAUAUGUUCAGAGCUACUAUCUAGCGUCUGCAAGAGAAUUGAUAAGAAUCAAUGGAACAACCAAAGCUCCUGUAAUGAAUUAUGCAGCUGAGACAUCACUCGGAGUGUUCACUAUAAGAGCUUUUAAAAUGGUAGACAGGUUCUUUGACAACUACACAAAGCUAGUUGACACUGAUGCAAGGCUCUUUUUUCAUUCUAAUGCAACCAUGGAGUGGUUAAUAAUAAGGACAGAAGCACUUCAGAAUUUGACCCUGUUCGCUGCUGCUUUACUCCUCAUUUUACUUCCCAAGGGUUAUGUUGCUCCAGGGCUUGUGGGGCUUUCUCUUUCUUAUUCUUUGACACUGACCGGAGCACAAAUAUUUGUGACUCGAUGGUAUUGCAACUUAUCGAAUUACAUUAUAUCAGUUGAAAGGAUAAAACAGUUCAUGCAGAUUUCACCGGAGCCUCCAGCAAUUGUGGAGGACAAGAGGCCCCCAUAUUCAUGGCCUCAAAAGGGUAGAAUAGAGCUUUUUUCACUGAAGUUAAAUUACCGUCCAAAUGCUCCACUAGUUCUCAAGGGAAUUACAUGCACAUUCAACGAAGGGACUAGAGUAGGGGUUGUGGGAAGGACAGGAAGUGGAAAGACUACACUCAUAAGUGCUUUGUUUCGUUUAGUAGAUCCAAGCAGUGGUAAAAUUAUUAUAGAUGGACUUGACAUCUGCUCUAUGGGUCUAAAGGAUUUAAGAAUGAAGCUCAGUAUCAUCCCUCAAGAACCAACUCUUUUUAGGGGUAGCAUCCGAACCAACUUGGAUCCUUUAGGCCUUUACUCCGACAAUGAAAUAUGGAGGGCUCUAGAGAAGUGUCAAUUACAGGCAACAGUCAAUAGCCUACCCAAUUUAUUAGAUUCAUCUGUGAGUGAUGAAGGGGAAAAUUGGAGCGCCGGGCAGCGCCAGUUGUUUUGCCUUGGAAGAGUGCUUCUCAAGAGGAACAGAAUUCUAGUUCUGGAUGAGGCUACUGCUUCCAUCGACUCUGGAACAGAUGCCACUCUACAAAGAAUCAUCAGGCAGGAAUUUUCAGAAUGCACUGUGAUAACUGUAGCUCAUAGAGUUCCAACAGUCAUAGACAGUGACAAAGUCAUGGUCCUCUCUGAUGGAAAGCUGGUGGAGUAUGAAGAACCUUCAAAGCUCUUGGAUACCAACUCCUACUUCUCCAAACUUGUAGCUGAAUAUUGGUCAAGCUGCAAUACAAAGUUACAAAACUGAUGCAUAAAAUGCAAAUAAUUGAUGCGAUGCUGACAUUUUGCAUAGUGCGGACCAAGAUAUUAAUGCGAGCUUGGGCCUAGAAGAACUGACAGCCUGUUAUGAGUUUGGAAAUGCUGCAAUGCUGAACUGUGGGUUGGAUUGAAAGUUUAAACCAAGUAUUUUCUUACACGUACUUUUUAGUGUAAACUUUCAUUUCUUGUUGUUGUUGCUUUUUUUUUUUUGGACAUGAAUAAUUUUGGUAAACUAAUUUACUUUUCCAAACAUUCGGAUGAAAUCCAAAGCUCAAAACA